AUGGCUCUUAUCUGCAGUGCAAAGAAAUGCGAAUUUGGUGGCACCAUUAACGGUGAUUCCUACCUCAGCUGCUGGCUUUGUGAUAAUUACGCUCAUAUAAAAUGUGCUGGAGGUGGUCACUUUGGACGUCUUAAUGACUUAAUAUCGAAACGCAUGGGUCUUACUUGGUCAUGUUUGGCCUGCAGGGAGAUUGAGGCGGAAAUGCGCACCUUUAUGAGACAAACGAGGAAUGGUUUCCAAGAUGUUCGGAAGCAAUUCAAUGCUCUUAACGAGAAGUUCCUUACGUUGGAAUCGCAAUUUCUGGGCCUCAAACUCUUGAGCGAAUCACCAAGGAGGAAAAUACUGAACAACAACCUACUGCUUGUCUUACCUAGUGGAACGCCUGCCUCUCACCUACAGCCGAUGGACUCAUUUUCUACUCCUAGUGGCCAACCUUCACCGAUGGAUGUCCAUCCGCCAUCGGAGGAUCCAGCCUUUCUCACGCCUAACAACAUAGUAGUUGCCUCAAAAAUCCAUACCCCUGUCAAUUUAACUUUGGACUCAGUUGCCAGUGAUGGAAUCCCUAACAGUAACCAGCUUCCAGUUGCAAAUGAUUUGCCGGUCUCUGUUACAUUGAAUGGUGAUGGAUCGGCAGCCUCUUCUAGCUCCUCAGCUCCCGCCCUGAGACUUUUAGGAGUAGCUCCACCAACUCGCUUUUCCGGUGUUCCACUCAGCGCGGUGGUCCCCCGCAAAGCAAUCUUUGUCUCUCGUCUUAUUCCCGAAGACACACCGGAUGAUGUCAAACUACAUCUAAGCUCUUAUCUUCAAUCGCCGCCGGAUAACUUUAUUAUAACUAAAUUUAAUUUUACACAUAAGCGUAAUAUCUCAUCUUUCAAAAUUCUUCUUCCCGAUUCUCUUGUAUCCAAAGCUUUGGAGCCGGCUGCAUGGCCUGAGCACACUAUUAUGCAUGAAUUUCUGCCUAGAGACUCUACCCAGAAUCCUCGAGUUACUCUCCCUAAGAUUUCAAAAAACUAA